UGUCAGAAAAAAAAAGAUGCAACACGUGUUUGAGUAAACUGCAGAUUGAACAUGAGUUUCAGACCGAAGCAGGUAGAAAGAAUAUCUUUUAUUUUUCACAGUAACGUAUUUCUCAGUUAGUUACGUUUAAUAGGAAACUAUCGCAGGACUUCUCCCGGUUGUUAAAAAGCCCGAGGCAGUGAACGGUCGAAGCGUUAGCUUACCGGGUGGGAGGUCAAGUCAAAGAACUGAACGAGGAAGCAAGUUCCCCUUGUUUUUGACAGUUGUGUGUUUCCCGCUUUUGUUUUUUAAUAUAUCCUUUUGCUGCCUUUUCUUGCUCGUUGCCAACAGCUUUUUGAGGUGGCCGUUUUGUUUAGGCCCGGGCUGUUUUUAGUAAAUCAUGGCAGACUACCUCAUUAGCGGGCAGACGUGUUACGUUCCGGACGACGGGCUAACUGGACGGCAGCUGUUCAACGGUGGAGACGGGCUCACAUACAAUGACUUCCUGAUUCUGCCGGGCUACAUCGACUUCACAGCUGACCAAGUGGACUUGACAUCAGCACUCACCAAAAAAAUCACAAUGAAGACCCCUUUUGUGUCCUCCCCCAUGGACACGGUGACAGAGGCAAACAUGGCCAUAGCCAUGGCAUUAACGGGGGGCAUUGGCUUCAUUCACCACAACUGUACUCCAGAAUUCCAGGCCAAUGAAGUUCGAAAAGUCAAGCGAUAUGAGCAAGGCUUUAUUACAGACCCCGUGGUGAUGAGCCCCAACGAGCGAGUGCGAGACGUCUUCCAGGCCAAGGCCCGCCAUGGUUUCUGUGGGAUCCCCAUUACAGACAAUGGCAAAAUGGGUAGCAAACUGGUGGGAAUUAUCUCCUCCAGAGAUAUAGACUUUCUGAAAGAAGAGGAUCACAACCUACCACUGAGUGAGGUGAUGACAAAGCUAGAAGAUCUAGUGGUUGCCCCUGCUGGAGUGACGCUGAAAGAAGCAAAUGAAAUCCUUCAGAGGAGCAAGAAAGGUAAGCUGCCCAUAGUGAAUGAGGAAGGUUCCCUGGUGUCCAUCAUCGCCCGCACAGACUUAAAGAAGAACAGAGAUUUUCCUCUGGCUUCCAAAGACUCUCGGAAGCAGCUGCUGUGUGGCGCUGCCAUCGGCACCCACAAUGACGACAAAUACAGGCUGGACCUGCUGGUACAGAGUGGGGUAGAUGUGGUUGUACUGGACUCUUCUCAAGGCAACUCAGUCUUCCAGAUCAACAUGAUUAAAUAUAUCAAAGAAGAGUACCCCAACCUGCAGGUCAUUGGAGGCAAUGUGGUGACUGCAGCUCAGGCUAAGAACCUCAUUGACGCAGGAGUGGAUGCUCUGAGGGUGGGGAUGGGCAGCGGCUCCAUCUGUAUCACACAGGAAGUGCUGGCAUGUGGCAGACCCCAGGCCACAGCUGUGUAUAAAGUUUCAGAGUACGCUCGGCGUUUUGGUGUCCCCGUCAUCGCCGACGGAGGCAUCCAGACUGUUGGACACGUCGCCAAAGCACUCGCACUGGGAGCAUCAACAGUGAUGAUGGGCUCUCUGUUGGCUGCCACCUCUGAAGCUCCAGGUGAAUAUUUCUUCUCCGACGGCAUCAGGUUGAAGAAAUACCGUGGCAUGGGCUCCCUGGACGCCAUGGACAAAAACCUCGGCUCUCAGACCAGAUACUUCAGUGAGAGUGACAAGAUUAAAGUAGCUCAGGGUGUCUCUGGAGCGGUGCAGGACAAAGGCUCCAUCCACAAGUUUGUUCCCUACCUGCUCGCUGGAAUUCAGCACUCCUGUCAAGACAUCGGUGCCAAAAGCCUCACUCAGCUCAGAGCUUUGAUGUACUCCGGAGAUCUGAAAUUUGAAAAGAGAACGGCCUCGGCUCAGAUGGAGGGGGGAGUCCACAGUUUACACAGUUAUGAGAAAAGGCUCUUUUAAACAGAAGCAAGUGUCCAGAUGGAGAAUCCUUUCAACAGAUAAACACUACAGACCACACUCCAAUUCUGCUUCUAAAUUUAAAUAGACUGAAGUUGCACACUUCACUUUCCCAGGACCCAUCAGUCUUCCGGCCAGCGUCAUCUAUGCAUUUAUUGAAGGUGUGCCUAGAAAUGAAAAGAGGGGCUUUAAGCACUUAUCAAUCAAUGCAUGCAUGAUUGAGUCAACUUUAAAAAAGAAAAAUGUGCUUUUAUGUUGUAAAUGUUGCAAAUAUAUUGCUGUGUCCACUUUGAAGAGAAAAUGUUG